AUGACCUCAUCUACCAUAUUAAAUUUAAAAACUCCAAGUCAAGAUGCUCAAGGGUGUUGGUAUGAAACACUUUCACCAACACAAGUGUUGACUGGUCAACAGCAACAACAGCAACCAGUAAAACCACAGAACGAUGAACAGAUGAAACAGAAGAAAAAGUGUCGUGGUAACAGAAAAGCACAACGUCUACGUCGAAGACUUCGUCAACAACGUUUAGAUCCAGAUACAAUUACUGAAUUAGUUAAUCAAAAAAUAAAUCUUCAACGACGACAACAACAUGAUGAAGCAAUACAAUAUAAUCGAAUUCCUCAAUCGGCACAACAUAAAAAUAAUUAUCAGGAUACUGUAGUAAAAAAAGCAGUAAAACGUAAAAGAAAUGAUACGCCAACAAAAACAUCAUCGGCUACAAUUGAUAAAUCUUUAAUAACUACAAAUAGUACAUCAGAAACGCAACGUUCAAAAUCUAAAAAACAAAUUAAUGAUAAUAAAGACUAUUCUUAUAUACCUAAUUAUUCAAAAGUGUCAAAUCGUAUAUUUAAAAAAAUGUUAAUUAGUUCAUUAGAAGGUGCUAAGGAAAUUGUUAAAAGAUUAAAUUCAAAAGAUAAAAUUAAUUAUAUUCGUCAAUAUGCUUAUUUAAUACAUCGUCUAUUCUAUGUACAAUUACAAGAAAGUCAAUGA